AUGGAUAACAAGGGAUCUACGGUGACUAUGUCUUCUUCAACCCCGCCCCAAAACUGCCCUGGGAAUACAAAUAUUAAGGCCAACUCUUCUAACAUUAGCUGUUGUCAUGACGGUCAGUCAACUGGCCAUGCUCUACGAACUCCCCAGGGCCAGGGCUGUCGCCCCAGCCCUUGCCUUUAUCGCACCCCUAACUACGUGUUAAGAACCUACAACUUCCAUCCCUGUCUGGAUGAGUGCAGCUGGUACGGUGAAGGCAUCAACAGCCAUGAGAAAGAGACCAUGCAGAUUCUGAACGAACGCCUUGCGAACUACCUGGAAAAGGUGCAGAGGCUGGAAGGAGAGAACGCGGAACUAGAGGGUAAAAUCCAGGAGGAGCACAACAAGGCACUCCCUGUCCUGGGUGCCGACUGCCUGUCCUACUACACCAGCAUUGAGGAGCUGCAGCAGAAGAUCUUGUGUACCAAGGCUGAGAAUUCCAGACUGGUCUCACAAAUUGACAACACCAAACUGGCUGCAGAUGACUUGAGAGCCAACUAUGAAGCUGAGCUAUCCCUACGCCAGCUCGUGGAAGCCGACACCAAUGGCCUGAAGCAGAUCCUGGAUGGGCUGACUCUGAGCAAGGCUGACCUGGAGGCGCAAGUCCGAUCUCUGAUGGAGGAACUUCUGUGCCUCAAAAAGAACCAUGAGGAGGAAAUCAAUUCCUUACAGUGCCAACUCGGGGACAGAAUCAACAUUGAAGUAACGGCUGCCCCUUCUGUUGACCUAAAUCAAAUUCUACAAGAAAUGAGAUGUCAGUACGAGUCUAUCAUGGAGACAAACCGUAAAGAUGUAGAACAAUGGUUCAAUACACAGAUGGAGGAACUGAAUCAACAAGUAGUGAGCAGCUCUCAACAGCAGCAAUGCUGCCAGAAGGACAUCGUAGAACUGAGAUGCACCAUGAGUACCCUCAAGAUUGAGCUGCAGGCUCAGCACCGAAUGAGAGACUCCCAGGAAUGCAUCCUAGCAGAGACAGGGGCCCGCUACACCACCCUGCUGGCCCAGAUCCAGAAUCUGAUCCAUAACCUGGAGGCUCAGGUGGCAGACAUCCGGGCUGCCCUGGAAAGACAGAACCAGGAAUAUGAAGUGCUGCUGGACAUCAAGUCCCGCCUGGAGUCUGAGAUUGUCACCUACCGCAGCCUAUUGGAGAGCUUGGAUGGCAGACUUCCCUGUAACCCGUGUGCCACCAAACGGGAGUCAUCCUGCCAGGCCAGAGCUGUGGAGUGUUUGGCCCCGGUUUGUACAUCUACAUCACUGCCUGGGGUUCCCAAGCCCUGCCGUGCCUCUGGACCCCCAUCCUGGAUACUGGUUAAAAUAUGCACCUUCACCAAGGAGAUCAAGGACGGGAAAGUCGUUUCUUCUUAUGAGCACGUGCAGCCUUGCUACAUCGCCAGACCUGCCAGAGUCUAG